AUGGAUCUUCUAUUAGUUUUACCUGGAUUUGUAACGAAACCCUUCGCACACAUUCUCCCUCCCCUUGAACGAGCUAAAGUCACCACUGUCGACGUGAUCACACUUGACUCCCUCGAGAUCGCGAAACGUGCCCGCGUACCUCCCGCAGAUGUUCGCCGGCUCUCCUCCUGCAUUGUCGAGGCAUUGCACACUGAUGUUGGCUUUGAAAAGCCACAGACAAACACGGAGACCAGCGAUGGGCCCCGCUCUAGUAUAAACCCUGAUGUGGCGAGUAGGACAAUCAGUUCGAAGCGCGCGUCACAAUGGAACACUAUAAGCACUCUUGACCCCGCGAUGGAUGCCCUCCUAGGAGGCGGAAUUCCGACCGGGUAUGUCACAGAAGUUACGGGCGAGAGUGGAAGCGGCAAGACCCAGUUCCUUCUAAGCCUCUGUCUAGCCGUGCAGCUACCCAAACCACAGGGGAUACGACGACGUGCUAUAUACAUAUCGACAGAACACCCACUAUCUACGCCACGACUCACACAGCUCCUAGAAUGCCAUCCUGUCCUCUCAACACUCCCCGCUGAGCAGGCGCCCUCGCUGCAGGAUAUCCUGUCCAUCAACGCGAUGGACCUGGAAACACAAGAUCACAUCUUGAAUUUUCAUCUUCCGGUCGCGAUCGAACGUUAUAACAUCGGCCUGGUCAUCAUCGAUUCAAUAACAUCCAAUUACCGCGCUGAACACACAUCGAACAGCAUGCAAGCCCUCGCCAAACGAUCAACCCAGCUCUCAAAGCUCGGCCAUCUACUGCGCAACCUCGCCGUAAAGGAAGACAUCGCCAUCGUGCUCGCGAACCAAGUCUCCGACCGUUUCGAGCCUGAAAAAGGCACCGAGCCAGCCGCACGGACAGGGUUUCCGUCCAUGUCGAGUCAAACAGCAGAUCAUGGAUCCGGCCCUGCCUCCCCCUUCCCAAAAUCUCGAACUGAACAGUUAGCUACUAGAAAUAGCCAGCAGCCACCAUCCUCUUCCCCUGCUAUCUCCUCAUCGCCAUACCACGCACCACACGAUAAAAACUUCGACGGCUCGUACUUGAUUGCCCCUCGAGUACGCAAUAGCAUGUUGAACGUGGCUCACCAGGAGCGCUUUUACUCUGGCUGGGGUGAUGGCGCGUACCCACAGAGCGGAUCUAUGAAGAACCCGGCCCUGGGAUUCAUCUGGUCAACGCAGAUCGCCUGUCGGAUCGCACUGAAAAAAGAAGAAUCCCACGCUGCAGGUGUUUCCAUGGGGCUCGAUGCAUAUCCGGCGUCCACACAGGAAAUAUCCCAGUUCCAAAAUGGGGGAAAUGCCAACACCUAUCGAGACCCAGACUCAAUAGCAAUGCCUGCCCCAUAUCUCAAGAACAGAGUCCCUGACUCGCAGAACUACCAGCCAACUUCGGGCUCUGAAUCCACUACGCGGAGGACCAUGAAACUUGUGUUCUCGCCGUGGACGGCAGGCCCGAAGGAUACACUAAAAAAGGGCCAAUCAAGUACAAGAAGUGGCGAGGUAGAGUUUGAAAUCUGGAAAGGGGGCUUGAGAAGUACGAGUCAUGGUGCAUGA